UGGAGCCCCAGUGCGGGACGCAGGGCCCCCAGGGCCUCAGGAUGUCUGCCGUCGUGCUGCUGCUGCUGCUGCUGCCGCCGAGGCCCGCUGGCUGCCCCGCGGGCCAAGCGCCAGGGACACCCUCCGAGCCUGCUCCCGCCGACGCGGGCGUCCCCUGUGCCCCCACUGCUACCUGUCCCUCAGGCGGGCCUCGCCUUCCCCGCCAGGCCCCCACCGCCCUGUCGCAGCCCUCGACCCUCCGGAAGAGCCCUGUUUCUAAAGACAGCAUCAGCUUAGUUCCCACCUGUGGCACCUCCUUCGAGGAAGACCCCACCCUAAGGGACCCAGAGGCCAUGGCCCGACGGUGGCCGUGGAUGGUCAGUGUGCGGGCCAACGGCACACAUGUCUGCGCAGGCACCCUCAUUGCCUCCCAGUGGGUGCUGACCGUGGCCCACUGCCUGAACCAGAAUGAGUUUAUCUACUCAGUGCGGGUGGGGAGCCCGAGGAUUGACCAGACGUCUCAGACUACCACCGACGUCCCAGCGCUCUGGGUCAUCGUGAAUAGGCGGUACCAGUCUCAUCGGUACUGGUCCUGGGUGGGCCAGGCCAACAACAUCGCUCUCUUGAAGCUUGCGUGGCCGCUCAAGUACAGCAAGUACGUCUGGCCCAUCUGCCUGCCUGGCUUGGACUUCGAGGUGAAGGACCACUCCGUCUGCACUGUCACAGGCUGGGGCCUCCCCAGGGUUGAUGGCGUAUGGCCCCAGUUCCGGACCAUUCAGGAGAAGGAAGUGACCAUCCUGAACAGUGAAGAGUGCAACCAGUUCUACCACAAGUUUUCCAAAGUCCCCUCUUUGGUUCAGAUCGUGGACUCCCAGAUGGUCUGCACCAAGGACUUCGAAAGGGAACAGUUCUGCUAUGAGAUGAGCGGUGAGCCCCUGGUCUGUGCCGUGGACACCACGUGGUACCUGGUGGGACUGGUGAGCUGGGGCCCAGGCUGCACGAAGAGCAAGGCCCCGCCCAUCUACCUGCAGGUCGCCUCCUACCAGCAGUGGAUCUGGGAACGCAUGAACGGGCAGGCCGUGCCAGCCCCGUCCAGGGCCCUGCUCCUGGUGCUAGCGCUGCCCCUCAGCCUCCUCGCCGCCCGCUGACACCCUUGUGCCACCCCCAGGGUUGCCGUCCUCCCCCUCUGAGCCCAGAACCCUGCAGGUGUAGCUCUCCCAGCCCCGCAGAGCAGGGCACGGAUGAGGUGCUCAAUUAAACACUUCUCUUCCCCAA